AUGAGUCCACCACUGAAAGUCAUCAUAGUGGGUGCCGGCCUAUCAGGCUUGGCCCUUGCACAGGGCCUUGAAAAGAACGGGAUCGACUACGUUGUUGUGGACAAGGAGAGCGAACCACGCGAUCGAAACUGGGGGGUGACCAUCGCGUGGAGCCAUCCUCUACUCGCACAGCUUCUCCCGGACGAACUCUACAAUCGUCUAUCGGAAUGCCAGCCAGAUCCCGGUCUUGACACUAAAGCUGCCGGCUUUGAAAGUGUCAUCAUACGGGAUGGACAGACGGGCGCUACCAUAGUGCAACCUCCAUUCCCUGGGGUACGAAGGUUGAAUAUCCAAAAGACAAGGACUAUUUGGUCGAAAGGGGUGAAUGUCAAGUUCGGUAAAACCCUCACAGACAUCGAGCUAACCGACAACGGAGUCAUCGCUCAUUUCCACGACGGGACCUCAGAAUCGGGCUCCGUCCUGGUCGGCUGUGACGGGGGCGGCUCAUGGGUUCGACGCUGGAUGCUGGGUGACAAGGGGACCUCGGUGGUCUUGCCAUACACGUUCCUCAACUUCCCGUUCCGCUACACGGCCGAACAGGCCGUCAAAAUGGACAAAAUGAUGCACCCCAUCGUGGAUGUCGCCGUGCAUCCAAAGUCCAUGUACAUCGGCAUCUUUGUGCUUGACAAGCCCGACCUAGAGAGGCCCGAAACCUGGGUCUUCUACAUCCUCGCGACGUGGGCCAAGGAGAACAAGAGCGCCCCGGACGCAUCCACCAACACAAACAUGGUCGACGAGCUAAAGAAGCGUAUGGACGACUGGGCCGAUCCGUUCAAGUCGGCCGUGGAAUGGAUCCCCAAUGGUACCCAAGCUAAAGUGGUCCCUUUGAGGAUCUGGGGCCCUCCCGACUCAGGCUGGGACAACCGUGGAGGAAGAGUCACCCUUGCAGGCGAUGCGGCUCAUAGCAUGACGUUUCACCGCGGCCAAGGCGCCAACAACGCCAUCUGCGACAGCCAAAGGUUCGUCGCGGCCAUGAUCAAGGCCAAGAACGGCGCGGCCACGCUCGCCGAGGCCGUCGACGAGUACGACGCCGAUGUCAUCAGCCGGGGCAGGACCGAGGUCGACGUCUCCAAGACCCAGACGGACGCGUUCCAUGACCACGCAAACUUCCACAACAGUCCCAUCAUGAGGUUGGGGAUCAAGCCGACUUCGCAGGCCAAGUGA